AUGCCUUGGAUUGGCAUGUAUGUAGCAGCAGCAUCCUUUGCCUGCCUAAUUGCAAUGGCAGCAGAUAUAAUCCUCGGCUUCCGGCACCAUAAACUCUGGUUCCCUUGCAAGUUCUUCUCCAUCAAUGCCACAUCUCUGACCUUGAUAGGUGUGGCAAUGAAAUUGUCAGUGGAUCUAAACACUCCCAUGCCCAACCGCCAAGAUCAGCUCGCAAAGCUCAGCAGCUCUGUCUUGAUCUGCACAGCAAUGGGAAACUCCAUGCCUUCUCUUGGAGCCAUGGAGAAUGAAGAGAUGUUCAUGAAUGUAAUUGCUUUGGGAAUUUUAGUCAUUACCCUUAUUGUCAACAUCUGCAUCCAAUUAGCCACUGGAGCAAUCUUUGUGUUCUGGAAGGAGCAUGCUUCAAUUAUUUUCAUCAUGCUUGUUUUGCUCCUCAUGUUGAUUUUCUCUGCUUUAUCUGUUCCUACCACCAAAAAUUAUUUAGAAAAAGGGUACAAGAAAAGGUUCCAGUUGUCUCAUGCAGAAUGCAAAAAUGGAAGUUUCAGAAGAGAGGUCUCCAGACUCAAGGAGAUAUUGACUAAAAUCUGGGUGAUGGCUCACACCUCUAGCCCCCAAUUUGUGAUGGGCCGUUCGGUGACAUGCACUGCUUCUGGAGCUUUCUGUCUUUUUGGUGCCAUGAUUUUGGCAGAAGCCAUGCUUAGAACAUACUUGAUGCCCUGGUCGAUAAAGUUUUGCACCGGCGAAUCAGACUACAAAUUGACAACCACUUUGAUCCUAUUUACACAGGCUAUUGCAGUAGGAGUUGGUACCAUUGCUCCAGCAUUUAGAUGGUUCAUGGCGAUAAAUUUCAAGUGCCCGAUAAGAGGAAACAUGAGCUGCAAAAAGGAAUUUGAAAUUGAAAGGUACUGGGUUCAGGGACUGAUGGAGUUGCAGAAGUGUCCUUUAAACUUUAGAAUCCAAAACAGGCACUGCAGGAAACUUGCUCAUCAAGCAAGGAACAAGCUCUUGGACUUAUGUAUUGCAAUGCAGAAGGGGAUUGUCCUAUUGAGUAAAGUGAUCCGAUUCAUUUCCAUUUUCUUUGUAAGUCGGUUCUUUUUACUCCACGACAUCUUCAAACAGUGGAAGAUCAAGAAGUUUGAAUUCGACACUGGACCAGAGUUACAACAAAACCGAAGGCAAGAUCUUAGCGAUUACGUUUUGUAUCUUCAAGGUGAGGAUGCAUUGGUUCAUUUCAUGAUGAAUACAAAUUGCGAUGCUACUAAUCAUUGGAUUCAGAAAGGAAAGAAAGAAGAGCCCAAAUAUCUCAUCAAGCUCUUGGAGAACUCAACAGCCUCACAAGGAUUCAAAGGAGUGGCAGAGUUUGACAGUGACCAAGUUCCCUCUCUAGACUGUGAAGAGCCUCCAAAUUGUUGGGCUCUUCCUGUUGUGACACUAACAAGUAUUGCUGUUGCACUUCCAAACAUCAGCAGUGGUUCAAUGAAAAAUCUGAUGCACGGCGUAAACGAGGGGCUCACGUACAUGAAUCUCAUUGAGAAGCAGCUGGAUAGCAAAGGAGAUCUUGCCAACAUCAGAAAGGCAGCAGAUAUUGUGUGGCUAAAAGUUGAUCUAUAUCACACAUGGCUAGAUGUGGAUCUUGGGAAAGUGUCACUUCAGGGAAAGAGCCCAAAGGAAACACUUGAAGGACUUUCAGAAACAGCAAAAUCCAUAUUUGAAGAAUCUAAAAAGAAGCAAAUUAAGUAUGCCAAACCCUUCUGCUAA